AUGUCUCUUAUCGGCUCUGUAGUCGAGCGCACGCCUAAUGCCACUGGCUCUACGACUUCCAUGACACCGUUCCCGGUCUCAUCUGAUCCCAAAACGGGAUUUCCUGCUGUCACCCAUCGGUCACAGCGACAACGCAAGAGUGCGUUCCGUCAGACUAUGGAAGCCGCUCGACCGAUGAAUCGGGAUGGCACAAUUCCUGUCGUCAAGCCAUCCUCCGAGGUAGCGGGUACGCAGUCAGGAGAUUCAAGCGAUGCGUCAUGGAGAUCCACUAUGGAGGCUGAGAAUGCACGCAAGGUAGCUUUUAUGACCGACGAGGAACGGCAAGAGGAGCUGCGUCAGUUGAGCUCCAAGUUCGGCGAUAUCGCUGAGCUACGCAGUAUCUUGACUCGAGCAAAAGAGUCGAGAUCAAGGCCAGAUAACAAGGGGGCUACCUCCCCAACGAUUGAGGAAGUCUCAGAUGAAGAUAAUCCCAAGGUUCCCCCUUUGGAAGCACCCUCACCUCUAGUGCACAACCCUCAACACCGUGUCGCCACCCCGCCACGUCCCGUGCUUUCGCGUCGAUCAUCCGUCAGCGGGGUUUCUCGCACCGGCGCUAAUACACCUGGGGCAUCAGGCGUCCGGUUUGCUCAAGUCACCCCACGGGAUGUGUUUACCUAUCCUUCUGCACCGACUUCUCCUAAGCGAACCACGCUAUUGAUCGAGGCACCUCCGGCUGGAGGUAGUGGUGAGAAUGUUACGAAAUUGCAAUGGCAAGGCAAAACUCCACUAGGAACCGAGCCCACCAAACUGGCACAAAAUGAACCUCAAACAAGCUCGAUCGAAUCGGCGGCUGUGCCGGAAGACCAAGCCAAGAAGAUCGAGUCUACCCAUCCGCUUUCUCAAGUUUCUCCUUCUCCGAGUUCAUCGAUGUCCGAUAUGACUGUCAAUGCAUCGAGCCGAACAUCGAAAUCUGGAGGGGGUGCCGCCGCUACACCAUUCCCUCGGUUGGACCCCAUUGACACCCAGGCGACACCCGAAGCCAUCAGGCAACAAUAUUUCCCAAAUGAGCCCAAGAACAACCCGAAUUUGGCAUGGAUGGCUGAUCUACCGGAGAUCCCUGAUACUCCAGUCACGAGUGAAUAUGCCUAUAUUGAUGGGAUGGGCGAGAAGUUUAUAAUACGUGAGAAAGUCGGAUUCGGUCUUGAUGGGACGCCAAUACCGCAGGAGAUUGCCAAGGAAAUGCCGGCCCAUGAUGGGCUACAUCACAAUUCACGAGGUACCGCUGGUUACACGCUUGGAGAUCUUCUACACCUGGCACGAAGCACUGCCCCGAUGCAACGUGCUAUGGCUCUGGAUGCCCUUGCUAGACUCAUUAUUCGGGUUGGACGGUGCGAAUUAGGUACAUGGUUCCCUCGUUCCGACAAUUGUGAGGAUCGGGAUCGGGUCGAUAGUACACAGACCGAGAACAAGGUGGUCCUUCCAGCUGCUAAACUACGGAAAUUGGUGAUCGAUUCUGCUACUUCGGCCCUAAGCGAGCGAGGAGCUGUUGGAACUCGUGCUGUUGAUUGCCUGUAUGCGGCACUCGUUGUGUGGGACCACGAUCUUGAACUAGUGGACAACGUAGAGCUUAGCCUGCGACCUGUGGGCGCGAAUGAAUCUAAUUUACACGUUAUGCCCUCUAAUUACGUCACACCGGAGGCUGCUUCCCCAAGUGAGCCGGGACUGGACGAGAUGAAGGUCGUGGAUAAUCUUGUAUUAGACCCAAUUUUGGAAACUGCUAUACGCCAAUUCAGUGCGCGGUCUCUCCCGAGAAGCGUUCUAGGGCGCCUCCUGGAAGUCAUUGUGCGUCUAUCGCGGCAAUCCCGAGCCCACGCGUCCUCGAUAAUCGCUAGUUCCGGGCUCAUCGCCGAAGUUAUGCGCCUAUUUAUUCUCUCUGGAUCCCCCUAUACCGACUCCUCUGAUUCAGAGCAGCCUGAUCCCCUUGCCAUUCGCUUAUUGACCAUACUUGCCCGAUCAUCACGGCAGAACGCCAAUUUACUCCUAGAUCCUACGGACACGCUGCUCCGUUUUGUUGCAGUACUUCCGCCUGAAGAUGUUCCACCCACACUCCUCAUUGCCACGCUCGACCUUUACAGCGCGCUAGGCCAAUACGGGAUGUACGCGCAUAUAGCCACCACAGCUGCAGAUUCGUUCGAUGCGCUUUCCAAGUACGUUCGCAUGCGCAAGGAUCCCAGUCUUUCCAAGAGUUGGUUAAGGCUCCGUAUGGUGUGGACUGCGUGUUCCAUUGAUCCCCACUCGACGACACCACCCCACGAAAUCCUUUGGUCGCAGGUCGAGGGAUGGAGGUGGACCGAGGACACUAUUACGUGGGCUCAAGACACCGAAGUUGAAAUUGGCGUAAUUGCUGAAGCAUGGGGGGCCCUGGCCAUUUGGCUCGAAGGAGCUGCUGUGAACGGCGUUCGAGCUGGCGCCAUGGAACGUGAACAAGUUGUCCAAGCUCUAAGGGGGGAGCCCCAAAGUACCCGAUUGCGAAACCUGCUCGAUUCAGCCAUUGCCCGACUCGCCGAUUCUCUUUCGGAAGGCGGCCUCGCAUUCUGGUCAAAGGACCAAUCGAUCAUUGACGCAUAUUUCGUUUACGCGGCACUCCGGCUGGAUUUGGCUCUUCUUCCCUCGUCAAAUACAGACACGGGUUCAAAACUUGAAUCUCCUCUCGCUCUACCACUAGAGACUAUAAGCCAAUUGAUUGAUAACAUCGCACUGAAUCCUAUCUGGUCGAUGGUCUAUUCUCAACACACAACACCGCCGUACGCGUACGCGCGCCUGACUCCCCUCGGUCUAUGUAUGGGAGCAUUCCUACUUCUUGCAAGGCGAAUCGAUUUUCUUCGAGGCUCGGAUUGGCUGAAGUCAGCCUUGAUUACCCUUCAUCGACUGGGCCCCAGCUGUGCGGACAUCGCUGCUCGUCUUCUUCACGAAAUCGGGACCGCCUUGAUCGAAGAACCUAACUUGUCCCACCUGUCCAGCCAUUUGACCGAAACGUCAUGGAAUGCGCUGCUCCCUUUCCUCCUUCACGACCUUCAACCCAACUCUGAGUUAAUAGUGGCGCCUGUGAUGCCUUCGAGCGCAUCUGUUUCGCAUAUUACAACCCAACUACUACCAUCCCGACCUAGCCUGGGCGGUAAAUUGUGCGGUCUUCCCGCCCGUAGAGAUUGGACUAUGAAUCCGCUUGAUCACCUGCUGCACUCAGGCACGUCACCGGCGUUCAAGUCACUCCCGAAAGAAUGGAAUUCGGACGAAGUCGACGUCGUGCGUACGGUCCUAGCACUAGCUUGUGCUAGAGAGACAAUUCUGCGCGACGAACCAACACUCCGUAUGACCAGCUCAGAGAUCUCCUUUGGGUGUAUGCGCGUAUUCAUGUUAGAGCACGACCAACCCCACGACGACUCGUCUUCAGAAAUAUUCCGCGACUCUCAUGUUGAGCGACUCAUGUCUCAAUUGCUGUCAAAAGUUUCUCUCGGCUCUGGGCACUCACAACAAAAUCCCUCGCCGUCACCUUUGGAGUUGGUUGCAAACGUUCGUCUCUCAGGGCAGCCUUUCUAUCAGUUUUAUACCGACCUCGUCGGACUGUAUGAUGCUGUCUCAUUUGCUCAUCCUCUGUUUUCGUGCAUCUUGCUCCCGCCGCUUAGCAUGAAUUACGCAAGAGAUUACCGUCGUCUUUUAUGGGGAGAUUACGGACAUAUUCUUCGCUCUAUUCAAACCGAGCUUCCAGAAGUCCCAAGCGACACUCUUGAAGAAUGGCUUUGGCCACGCGACAAGGACGCAGAAAUGAUCGGGUGGUAUGUUAAGGCUCUGAUGAAAGGUGGCGUACAGGGGUUCUUGCGGUUCAUCGCCGUACAUCAUGUUGCCACCAGCAUCUGGCCCGAAUUCGACAACUUCGAAAAUGCGAGCGAAUGGAGCAUGAGCCCACAGGACAAAGAUAGGUCUCGCAUGAUUAUUGGCGCGAUGGUGCAUCAAGCUGGCCCGGCGCUUUUGGGUGCAUUGAUGUUGUAUGAACAAAGGAGGACCGGUUUUAUCUUGUAUCCUGAUUGUUACGAAGGGCGUGGGUUGGACAGGGAGCGCCGGUUACGUCGGUUAGAAUGGGCGGUUGAUCUAUGUGGAGAACGUGUUCGUCAGAGGCUCGAGAAUGUUUUUGAUGGGUGA